AUGAGCGCCAGAAAAAUAAAGUCGAAAAAGAAAUACGCCCUUAUCGAAGAGGACAUUCUCAAAAGCAUCGCUUCCAAAUUCAACUACAAUCCAGAUACCAAGUAUUUACGAUUUACCGCUCCAAAAACUGGUUUGGAAAAUACCCCAUUGGUAAAAUAUCCAGACUAUAAUGAUAUUGAGACGAAAAACGGGGAAAAGCUCGCCAAGGCAGCAAACGUCAAAAUCCCGAUCGGCGAAAGAUAUCCCUCCUCCUCCGAAGAAGAAGAGGACGAUGCCGAAGAGGACUCUGAAGAGGAAACCGACAGAGAAGAAUAUCCCCCUUGGUCGGAAUACGACGAGCAGGAAAACAGUACCGAAUCCGAGCCCGAUUAUUAUGAAGCCAAGCGCUACGAACCCAAACCCUAUACUGAAGAGGAAAAGGGGUCGACCUCGAAAAUACCCACUUCCGGAGAAAGAAGUGACAAUCGAUCCGAAUCCAGUGAGCAUCGACGACGGAACGACAAUCGAUCCACCACAAGAAAGUCAAUUCUCAAACAUCGAGAUGUGGCAAAACGACGUGGCGAAGCAUCUAAAUCAGUUAGGAUUAGGGAGCCAGAGCGCUUCAGCCCAAUUCCAACAACUACUCAUGCCAGGCGCAAUAACAGAAAAAAACGGUCUGUUGUUUUUGACACAUUUGAUGGGGGCUCGAAACGAGCGAAACGAGCUGACUAUCCCGAAAGAGCUGUUUUCCAUGAAUCCUCUAGUCCAGCAGCAGCAGCAGCAGCAGGUGCAGCAGCAGACACCACGCCAAGAGACAAAUCCGAUACAAAACGUGGAGGGCGAAUUCUUGCAGGAUCACCAGUCCCACCAGACCCUGAUCGACGAGCCCGCUCCACAAAUGACACAAUCUGGGCAGAAGGACAGCCCCUUGCCGACUGCGAAAACUUUUGGCAGUAA